GGUAGCCGGAGGAGCAGAAGGAAAGCAGCUGGAGAGAGAGAGAGGAGGUGGGGUGUCGUAGGAGGUGGUGGCAAAGAACAGGAGGGAAAGAGGUGGGACCGAGCGUGUGGAAGAGCGAGAGGACGAGGUGAGUAGCAGCGAGUCCGUGAGCCCGAGUGAGUAACUGGGAGUCGCAACCGAGGACCCACUCAGUCACCACGAGAUCGGCAAGCCGAAUGGUCAACCGCGCCGGUUCUCCCGCUCGGAACUCUGCGCACAGCUGAAGGGACAAUCGAACCGACAAGGACACGUUGCGUUCCUUCGAAUGUCAACUAGCGCGUUCCUUGCUCGACGCAUCGUCGCUCGAACCGUGCCAUUGCCGAUCGCGCAUCCGACGUGCAUCCCACGAUGUGGAGAUUUCUGGUGCGCUGUUAUGUCACGUUGACAUCGAUCUGACGCGUUUCGUUUCGUUUCGUUUCGUUUCGUUCCGUUUAGUUUCGUUCCGUUUAGUUUCGUUCCGUUCCGUUUCGUUUCGUUUCGUUUCGUUUCGUUUCGUUUCUCUUUUUCUCUCUCCUUCGAUCGCAAAAGACAGAGGGCAACGUUUCCGCGUCUCGCGUCCGUUUCUACCUACCGAUUUCCCGAACCGAGACUGACUUUCCCGGGGAAAAGACCGAGCCAAGGUGGGACCGGAAGUGCGUGAGUGGAUGCGAGCAAGAGGUAUCGACGGGAGGAGCCGAAGACUCUCCUGCAGAAGGCCGAGGAAGAGAUGAUCUACGAGCUGCUGGUGGCUGGAGCGUUCGCCCUCGCCACGCUAAGGCGGUAUCCGGUGGGACAGACGAUUACCUUCGCGUUCCUUGCAUCGUUGCUGAGCUCGGGACUGAACACGGUUUCAAGCGCACCCGCUUACGGCCCCCGCACCGCCGUCUCCAACGCGAACAACAUGGACCGGUGGUUGCAACCAUGCGGCAACCCGGUCGCGAUGCAGUUCAAGAAGAUGCCACAGAGACACAGCGUGCACAGAACGUUGAAAAGAGUGCGGACGCAGCUCCGCGUCGCCCAGAAUCACUUCAGAAAGCAUCUGGACGAUGUGCACGAGAUAUACUCGAAGGUGUACUCGUUGAAGGGGCAAUACAGAAUGCCUUGGCUCCCGGAGAAGGAGUUCGAGUGGUAUUUCAGGGAGGUUUGGUGCCUCGAAAAGGGAAAGAAAGCCGACCGCGCGCUUCCACAUCUCUACGAUUCGCUGCAAAGGUUCGCCAUCACGUUCCACCAUCUGAGAACUUUCCGUCUGAAAUCUAACAUCAACGUUGACCUCACGAUGGACAGGAGAAACGAGAUUAUCAACCAAAUGCACAAUGAGAUUCUUAGGGUAUUGUGCGAGGUGGAGACCGCCAUUCUAAACUUAGGCUUACAAGUUCCCGCGGCGCAUACGGCAAAAAUAGUGACGGAAAGUUCAAAUUGGGCGAAGGAAGCCGACUUGACUUCGAUGUUGAUCCAAGAUUGGGGCGUGAUAAGAUUAUAUCAGGCGUUUCUGAAAGCUUGGACGAAAGCUUUCCGCGACGCGACCGCGCUUGGACCAGGGACAUGCGAUCCUAAUAGGCCGAAUCCAGGAGCUAAGAACAUUAACAAAGGAUCCGGGCCAAAGGGUAAAAGGAUAUCGAAGAUUAAGAAGCAAAAAAGGCCAGUUAGAAAGCAUUCAGAGGGCGGUGGCCAGAAUAGUUCCUUGCCUCAGGGACCAAAAAAGAGUAUUCCGAGGAACAGACUGUUGAAAAACAAACAAAAGAAUGGGAAUGUGAUGAAAUUCGCCUCAUAAGGUUUUGUUUUCUUUUUUACCGGAUCUACUGAUUAUUUUAAAGGGACGGUUAACAGGCAACUUUUUCGUUUUUCGUGUAAAACAAUUCUCUCUCUCUCUCUCUCUCUUUUCUCUCUUUGUUAUUAUUAUUGACUGGAAUAUCUUUAUCGUGUUCACUUUUCAUAUUAUCAUUGUGUUAUUAAUUUAAAAAAAAAAACGUUUAACGAUAUCUAAUGCUUUAUAUAAAAAACGCGUAAUCUUUUAGUUCCUUUAGACACAUCGAGAUUUAUUCGUUCGUUUGUAUGUAUUUUUUUUUUCAUUUUUUAUAAUUUCUUUAUUUAAAGUAUUAGUAUUUGUUAUCGAACAAGUUAUUUUGCCUGUCAAUCUUCUUCUACGAUGACGAUGUAUUUCUAUACUCUUCGAAUUAUCAUUUAUCUUAUUUAUUUUAUUUUUAUUUUUAUUCUUCUUUUUUUUUUUUUUUUUUUUUUACUAUUUACGAUCAUUCAUAGAUGCUUAGUAUUUUGCAAUCUUGCCAGUUUGUUCCGAUGGUAGAGCGUUAAAGAUAGAGUUUUAGAGACAAGAUUAAUCGUAUUAAAAGAAUCGCCGUUUUGUUUUCGAUAACUGGUGUAUUUGAUAGCUACAAAAGUGUUGUUAAGAAUCAAGCUGUAUACUAGAGACCAGUAUUAAGAAAUGUACUUCAGAACAGUAUUAUGUCAUAGAACAUACUUAAAUAAUUAGAAUAGUGAUUAACAUGAUAAAAAUGUCCGACUCGUAUGGCGCAUAUUGAUCGAUUCGUUUUACGAGAUGAUCGAACGAUUAAAGAUCGUCGCAAAUAUAUAUUUGAGAGUAAAACUGUGGAAAAUCGUUUUCGAAACUUUUACUCUUACUAUUGCAAAAUCAACCGGCGAAAAAGUAAUUUUCUAUAGUUUUAUCCCGUUCAAAUAUGUAUUUAACAUCGAAACGCACGAUCUACGAUCAUCGUUGCAGACUAACGCGCUUGAAAUUUUCAGUUAUAUUAUAUAUUCCGUGCGUGAAAAAAACAAGAUAGUAGAAAAUUUGCGUAUCGAAACAUUAUUAAAUCGAUGCGUGGAAAAUGCGAUGAGAGUUGAAAUUAUCAAAUUAAAUUAGGGAAAAGGCAAGAUAAUAAUAGAAAAUUUGCGUAUCGGAACGUUAUUGAAUCGAUGCGUGGUAAAUGCGAUGAGAGUUAAAAAGUUAGAAAUUAGAGAAAAAGCUAAGAAAUGAAAAUCGCGAUAAUUACGUAGAUCGCUUUGCUCUUAUUGUUAGUAAAUAUUGUAGAAAAUUUGUCUUGGAAACUCUUCGCAUUGGACGCGAUGCGCGCGUAUUCUGACACGAUAAUAAUUCGAUAUUUGACCAAUCGUGACUGGUUACGAAUAAAAGCGUAUUUAUAUCGAGAGGAAGCCCAAUGAUUAUAUAUCGAGAAUGAUUUCGAAACGAAAGUGUGCGAAAGUGACGAUGAUGUGCCGUAAACAGUCAUCGAUAUUAAUCACCGAACAGACGAUUCGUCAAACUUUAUUUAUUGUAGCUUUAACGUAAGCAGACGAAAGCUUAAUGUCGUUUAGCUGUGAUAUCUUUGAGCGUACGCGGACGUACAGAGUUCCUACGUUUUAUACAUAGGCGCAUUAUAUAUUUGUAAGUAACGUGCGUUUACGCGUACAAUACGUACUUAGAUUUAAUACAAUUAUUUCUCUUUUUUAUUUUUUCUUUUUUUUUCUUUUUUUUUUAUUCCACUUUUCUCCUCCAAUUCGUAGAAUCUCGUCCUAUCGCGAACAUGACAACUUUAUCUUAAUUUCGCUUCUCACUUGCUUUCCAAUCGUACACGACGAUACUUACCGGAAUGGAACCGUUUAACGAGACGUUCUCAAUUUUCGUUCCCUUAAUUCCAUUCUAUUAUUUGGGCCAGAUAAUGAAACGACGGUUUCUUUGAAAUACGAAUAAUAUACGAGGGACCAAUUGUUGCGAUUCGUAUUCGCGCUGAAGAUACACGCGAUUCAAGGUACCGUGUUUUUCUUCUUCGUUUCGAACAGAAAUAUAUUUGUAUUAAAGACAAUCAAUGUUUUUGUAUCGAACCGGUAUUUAGCUAAUACACAUUGUACUUUAACUUUUAGAUAUUUUUGUACUUGGUAUUCACACAUGACGUGAUACUAAACAUUUUAUACACGCACACUUAGUAAUUAAGGAUUUCACUUGCAUUUUUAUCAAGUAUACGUAGUAGGUAUAUUUAUUAUGGCGUACACGUAGCCGUACAUAAUGUUACGAUUUAUUUAUUAUAUCACGUUACCAUUGCAUAUAAUUAUUUAUUGUCAUUUCUAUACUUAUGUAAUCGUCUUGAAUAAAUUCGAUGUUUUUGUAUUGAA